CAUCACUUUCCUCCACUUUCUUUCUUUUAAUUAAAAAAAAAGACUUGUUUGUUCAGCAACUCCAUCUUUAAUUUCUCUGAAUUUAUAUAUUAAUUUUUUUUUUAAAAAAAAAACCACUACAUUACCGCAUGUCCGAUAUUCAAAACCUUCAAACCUACGAUCCUUUUGCCGAUCUUGGCGACUCUGGCGAUACUACCGAACAAAGGGAUUAUAUCCAUAUUCGUAUUCAACAACGUAACGGACGAAAGACCCUGACGACCAUUCAGGGACUGCCCAAGACGUUUGACCAGAAGCGUAUGCUCAAGAUCUUCAAGAAAGACUUUGCAUGCAACGGUACUCUUGUGGAGGAUGAAGAGUUGGGUUCCGUCAUUCAGCUCCAAGGCGAUCAGCGUACCAAGGUCCACACUCUUUUAACCACUGAAGGUGGAAUUAGCAAGAACCAGAUCAAGAUUCACGGUUUCUAAAAGAAAAGAAAAACCCUUUUUACUUUUUCUUUUUCUUACCCUUAUUUCUUACUCCUUUCAUUAUAACCUCAUAACAAGGCCAUGGUGCUCUUUUGAUUUUUAACAAAAUCUUUUUUUACUUUUUUUCAGUACCUUUUUUUCAGUACCU